AAGAAAUCUAUUUAGCUAGGUUACAAACGGCAACAGACCGGCAGUGCGUGGGCUCUGCCGUCUACCAAGCAUGCGAGAUCAUUAGUAGCCGCCAAAUAUCCAGCGAACAGAAGUAUCGCGACUUGAAGCAAUCCGAUGUAUACUUGUAAGUAUUCCAAGUCGGCAUCCGAUCAGAGACUAACAGCCUAGACACUUACAGGAGAAGACUGAUAUGGUGGCCAGCCUUACAGAGAAAAUGCGCCAUCUAGGUGGCUCUCUCAGUGCGGAACAGUCAAAGACCACCCAGCAAGAAGACCAUAUUCGAGCGUUGGAAUUCAGGUAUGUAUACGAAUUGGAUCGGUGAUAGGAUCACUAACGGAUUUAGCGCUAAAGCACAGCAAAAAUCGCUUGCAAAGUUGCAGAAAGAGUUCGCAGUCAAACUCCAUGAGAUGCAAGAGAAGAAUAAAGCUAUCGAGCUAGCAAACGACACGGUUCUCAGCUUGGAAAUUGAAAACAACGUAUUGGCCGACCGCAUAGCAGCGUUGGAGAGUGAAAAUGAACUGUUGAUUACGCGGUGGAUAGCAAAGGUAUCUGCAGAUGCACAAAAGUUGAACGAGGCCAAUGAGACGUUGGCGAAGUAGAUUGAUCAUACAGCUCCAGAGGAGCUAUCAGUUUCGGAAAUCACAUUCCCCAUACCAAAAUUUACCGAAGAAUGAAAAAAAAAUACCUCACUAACACGUUUUUGUUUCAUCCUAAGUGCAAGUAUAUAACACCUGAGCCUAGAUAUAAGGUUACCAGGGUAGGUAACUGGCAUAAUGGUAUUUACACUUGACUAUCUACACAUUUGUUUUGUGACAUGAACUACACAAAAUAAUUGUGCGUAUAUGUUGUAAUUAAUAUAAAUAACAGUUUCU